AUGCCCGCCUCGCACACCCUCUUGCGGACCUUGGAGCGCGGCACCUCGGGGCCCCAGCGAUGUCUGCGCCGCACAGCUACACAGCUCCAGAGACGACAUGUAUCGGACUCCAAUACCCCCAAGUCGAACCUAGGCUCCUCGAAGCCUCUCCCUGGCACUACUCCGCCGCCAGCGGCGCCGAGAGAGAGCCUGCCGAGCCAGGCUGAGACGCAUGGAGCUUUCAGGAGCCAAUUGUAUGACAGCACGGCGGCGCGCACGGCGAAGGAGCGUAUGGACCGGGAGAGACAUGCACAUGAGCGGCAGGAAUGGGCUGGUGGGAGGAAUCUGGCGACUACGUUUGUUAUCCUCGCCUCCUCCUUAGUAUGCUACUACAUGGGCACCAAGAACCCAGCUCCUGCAUCGCCUACCUCCACACUCCCUCUUGCCGCGACGAAGCCACCGAAACACAAUAUUGCGCCUACAAACGUCGAAGCCGCCUGGGCGGAUUUCGUCGCCAUUGUUGGGAAGGAUAACGUCAAUACCACACAGGAUGAUGUUGUCUCUCACGCCGGUUCUGAAUGGUCUUCGCAUCUCCGCAAGGGCUCCGAGAAGCCAUUCCUUGUCGUUUAUCCCACCACCACCCAGGAAGUUAGCGGGAUCAUGAAGGUCUGCCACCUGAGGAGAAUCCCCGUAACGGCUUAUUCUGGCGGAACAUCUCUGGAAGGACACUAUACGGCUACUCGUGGGGGGAUCUGCAUCGAUUUCGGACGAAUGGAUAAGAUCCUGCAGCUUCACGAGAAAGACAUGGAUGUUGUUGUUCAGCCGGCAGUUGGAUGGGAGUAUCUGAACGAAGUCCUUGCUGAAUCGAACCUCUUCUUCCCACCGGACCCAGGACCAGGCGCCAUGAUUGGCGGUAUGGUCGGAACUGGCUGCUCUGGAACGAACGCUUAUAGAUAUGGUACCAUGCGUGAAUGGGUUCUCUCCCUGACCGUCGUAUUGGCCGAUGGAACUGUUAUCAAGACGCGCCAACGUCCGCGCAAGUCGAGCGCCGGCUAUGACCUCACCAAGCUGUUCAUUGGCAGUGAGGGAACUCUAGGUCUCGUCACUGAAGCAACGCUGAAGAUAACGACGAAGCCAAUUGCCACCUCUGUCGCCGUCUGCGCCUUCCCAUCCAUCCGUGACGCCGCCGAGUGCGUCUCCCGAGUCGUCGGUGACGGAAUCCCCAUCGCAGCUAUCGAAAUCCUCGACGACGUUCAGAUGAAGUGCAUCAACGCAUCCGGCACCACCUCGCGCACCUGGGCCGAAGAGCCAACACUCUUCUUCAAAUUCGCAGGCACUGAGAGCGCGUGCAAGGAGCAAGUACAAAUGGUACAGCAGAUCGCAAACAAACACCGCGCCAAGACCUUUGAGUUCGCGCGCGAUGAGCAGGAGAAGACGGAUCUGUGGUCCGCGCGCAAGGAGGCGCUAUGGAGCGUCAUGGCUCUGAAGCGCGAUGACAGCGACCACGUGUGGACCGGCGACGUGGCGGUGCCGAUUAGCAGGCUGCCGGAUAUCAUUGAGGAGACGAAGGAUGACUUGUCGGAGAUCGGGCUGCUGGCUGCGAUUGUGGGGCACGUUGGUGACGGUAACUUCCAUACAAUCCUGAUCUAUAAUGAUGCGGAGCGCAAGAAGGCUGAGGCGUUUGUGCAUCGCAUGGUGAAGAGGGCGGUGGAGAUGGAGGGGACCGUGACGGGAGAGCAUGGGGUGGGACUGGUGAAGAGGGAUUACUUGGAUCAUGAGCUGGGGGCGACGACUGUAGAUGCUAUGCGCAAGAUUAAACUUGCCUUAGACCCGCUGUGCCUUCUGAACAGCGACAAGGUUGUUAGGGUUGAGAAGCCAAAAUCUAGCGAGAUGUUGGUUUGGUAG